UAAAUACACAAGAGUAGUACAUUAUUUGAUAUCUUGAGUUACAUCUAAAAAUUAUUUUUGUUGUAAUUCCUCUCCAUAUUGACUUGAUGGCAGCUUAUACUGCUGUAAUUUCUCUUCUUCAAACUCUUGAUCAACCAAAUAUUUCAGAACUCUUUCAUGAUCAUAGUACUGAAAUGCUCAAUUCUCUUCGUGCUUCAGCUGAUAUUUUCAAGAUGUUCUUGAAAACACUAGCAAUGAGAAAAUCAAAUCUUUGGAGGAAGAUAUUAGAGUUGUUGUUAGUGAGGCAGAGGAUGUUGUUGAAAUGAAGAUUUCUGAAAUCAUCAAAGAAGAAAGCUGGACAUUUGGAAUUUUACAACACCAUGAUAUGCUACCAGUUGUUGAAAAAAUGGAUACGACAAAGAAACAAGUGAUGGAGAUUCUUUCUCAUGAUGCUGAUCAAAUUCUUGAAUUAACUGCGGAUUCCUUGAUUGGUGCUUCUUCUAUGAGUGAUCCAAUGCUGUCAGAUCACUUGAAAGAUGAUAUCGUGCAGGGACUUGAUGGUGACUUGGAGAUAAUAGAUAAAAGAUUGAGAGGACCAACGUCGUAUCUAGACAUUGUCACCAUAACGGGUAUGGGUGGCAUUGGCAAAACAACACUCGCUAAAAAAGCUUAUGAUCAUCUUCCAAUCAGGUAUCACUUUGACAUUUUUGUUUGGGUUACAAUAUCUCAAGAAUUUCGAUAUAGAAAUGUAUUGUUAGAAGCUUUACAUUGCAUUUCAAAGCAAAGAGUUAAUGUGAACACAAAAGAUUAUGUUAAGAUGAAUGCUAGUGAGUUAGCUGAUCUAGUGCAAAAGAGUCUAAAGGGUCCAAGAUACCUUGUUGUUGUUGAUGAUAUUUGGAGUAGGGAUGUUUGGGAUAGCAUAUCACAAAUAUUUCCUAAUCGCAACAAUGGGAGUCGAGUCUUAUUGACUACUAGGGAAACUGAUGUAGCAAUAUAUGCAAAUACUAGUAGCCCUCAUAAGAUGAACCUCUUGGAUUUAGAUAAUAGUUGGAAGUUACUUCGUGAUAAGGUGUUUGGACUAGAACACGAUCAUCCUCCCUAGUUGGAAGAAAUUGGAAAAAAAAUAGCAGAAAAAUGCCAAGGACUUCCCUUAAUAAUUUCAGUGAUUGCAGGGCAUCUCUCUAAAACGGUGCCCAAGACAUUAGAAAGUUGGAAGUAUGUUGCCAAAACAUUAAGUGAAAUCAUUGCUAGUCAUUCAAAUAAAUGCUUAGGAGUGCUCGGUUUGAGUUACCAUCACUUGCCUAAUCGACUCAAACCGUGCUUUCUUUCUAUGGGUGAUUUCCCAGAGGAUUUUCAAGUUGAAACUUGGAGAUUGAUCCAAUUAUGGAUCGCAGAAGGUUUCAUAAGGACGUCUUCUGGAAGUCAUGAAAGCUUGGAAGAAGUAGCUAAACAUUAUUUGGAGGAUCUUAUCAGCAGGAACUUGAUAAUGGCUAGAAAAAAAAGAUUCAAUGGUGAGGUAAAAGUAUGCGGAAUACAUGAUCUGCUGCGUGAGUUCUGUUUGAUAGAAGCUGAAAUGACAAAGUUUAUGCAUGUUGUGAGAACUCCAUUUUCACCAGGACAAAAGCCUAAUUUUCGUCGCUUCAGUAUUGAAAAGUAUAUUGAAGAUGCUUAUAAGCUCUUACCCCCUGUAGCCAGAUCUAUGUACUGCUUUUCUAACUUGGAUCUACCUUUUGAACCCCGUAUUAAGCUUCUCCCUAUAUUGCCCAUCUACCGUCAUGAUCCUAUAAUACAUGAAUUUUUCUCUUGUUUCAACCAUCUCAGGGUAUUGGCCAUCUUUCCUGCCUGGUUUGACUCAAUCUCAGAGCUUCUGAAUUUGCAAACUCUAAUUUGUGAUGCUAAUAUAAUGUAUAUAACUUUACCUCGGAAGAUAUGGAUGAUGAAGAACUUGAGGUAUAUACGUUUAAGGGCAGCCAGUUAUUUUCCAAGUCCUAGAAUAGAUAAGAAUCUUGUGACAGGGAUGCCAAAUCUAGAGGAACUUUUUGGUCUUUGUUACUCUAGUUGUACAAAUGAAGUUUUUUCUAGCAUCCCCAAUUUAAAGAGAUUGACCAUUCACGCACCUUUAAUGGUAGACAAUGUUCCAUAUCAUCUCUUGGAUAUGUCGAGCUUAAGAAAACUUGAGGCAUUCAAGCUUUCCUGGAGAUAUGUUUUUGCAAAGCCCAUCAAAAGAUUUGUUUUUCCAAAAUCACUUAGAAGAUUGUCUUUAGCUAGGUGUUAUAAGUUUAUUUGGGAGGAGAUAUCAUCAACUUUUAUCAAGUUGCCACAUCUUGAAGAGCUCAAACUUAAAUAUUGUCGAGCCGAUGAUGAUAUAUGGAGAUUGAAUGACAAAGACAUAUUCAAUCUCCAACAGAUUUUACUGAGCGAGCUAAAUCUUAAGCAUUGGGAAGCUAGCAGUGAUAACUUCCCUAAUCUAAAAUGCCUUAUUCUGAAGAAUUGCGAGUUCCUACAAGAAAUUCCAACAGAUUUUGGGGAAAUUUGUACUUUGGAAUCAAUUGAAUUACAUGAUUGCACCACUAUUUCUGAGGAUUCUGCCAGAAAUAUCGAACAAGAACAAGAGGAUAUGGGAAAUAAUAUCCUUAAGGUCUACAUUCGUAGCUGCCACACGGAUUGAAGCUUAUUUUGAGGGAUCAUCUAAUGCUAUUUUCCGAAUUGAGAACAGUGCAGUUCAUAUUUUGUUUUUAUAUUCUGAUCAUUUGUUAAAUUCAUGUUUUAGGAAUAAACAUGUUUAAUACAUUUCUCGGCCAAUUGUGUUUUUGUAUUUCGUAAAUGGUAACAAUUGAUGUACUGUAAUAUCUAUUUUGUUUUCGAAAUGAAUAAGCAUGUUCAAUCUAUUAUGCAUUGCCUACGGAGUAUAAGAAUUGCUGGUUUCACACUUUGAAUCUGUUUUCCUCUGUUCAUGUAUAAUACAUGUUUUUCGUUGA